AUGGCAUCUCGAAAGCCUAAGCAGACUGCGACCGUCGCCAAGAGCAUGAAGGCUUCCACUGGUGCAGGAGUAGCCAAGCGCAGUCACAAGAAGCUUCGCUUUCAUGCAAACGGCCUGCUCAAUGUCGAGCAAAAGACGGGGAAGUACCUCAAGAUCGCGAGACAGAACCAGCGGGACUCCCCAUUACUGCGGUUGCCAGCAGAAAUUCGCCAUAUGAUCUUCGGAUACGCACUUGGUGGCAAGACAUUCCACAUCCAUCACCUCGAAUAUCAAGGCAUCGCAAAGAACAUGACGAUCUCAGAGAACGCCCUCGCUCUGCUCGCUGUCUGCCGACAAGUCUUUGCUGAAACCGCUUUGCUACCCUUCAGCUCGAACACCUUCUCAGCUGUACAUCCCCAAGUGUUUAAUAUGUGGAUCGAAGACUUUCCCUCGGUCUUCGCUGAAACUGUCACGUCGGUACGCCUUCAUCCAUGCGUAGAGUUCUCGCUUCCGGAUCAAUGGCGCGACAUUCACGACGGCAUACCAGAUUUGCGAGACAUGUUCCUCGGCCACGGAGAUAAACGAUUGUCUCCGAAUCUGGUCUCUCUCAAGUGUGUACAGCUUGCUAUUGGUAUCACAAAUGUAAGCCACAAGAAGCUUAGCAAGAGGCGAUGGAAACGUGGCUGGGAGUUCAUAAAAGGUCUGUAUGAGACAGAGAACAGCGGGAUCAAAUUCACCAGGAGUCCGAGGAAGUCCUAG